AUGGCCCAGAUCGGUACAGGAACGCCCGGCGGUAUCUCCACCGAGGUCUCAGAAACGUUAUCGAUGCCACAGAUGACGGAGAUAACUGCCCAAGCGACCAUUUCCGCACCAGAGGCUUACGAAAUGUCUCGAGAGCAGUGGGUGGGCCUCACAGAUCGCGCAGAGCGACGACGAAUACAAAAUCGAAUCAAUCAGCGGGCUCGCCGUAUGCGACAGCGCAUGCACCUGCGCGAUACCAAAGACAAUCCCCCCAAAAUUGCUGUCUCUACGACCUCGUCUUCACAUUCAUCCCAAACCUCGUCCUCUCGGUCGCCUUCUGCUUCUUCAUUCUCACCCACUACUCUCGUACAUGUACCCCGCGCAACGAGUAAUUCAUCACCACAGACCUCCCCCACUCCGGUUGAGCUGGCCUCAACAAGAACACAGCGGCCUGGCUGCCCUCCUACCAGUCUCACGAGGUCCCUCAUCCAUCAAUUCGCCGAAGCUGCUGUCCGAAGCUACAUGCUUGGCUCACCAACAUCGGAUCAUUUGCUCACUCUCACCAAAAUGAAUGUCUUUCGUGCAUUUGGACGAAACAUCCGGAUUAUCGGCUGGGAUUUAGAUUCUCUGCAUGACGAAGACGCUAUAUCUCCAUUUAGCCUUUCUCCGGCUCUGCUGAAUCAGAAAGAAUACACACCUACGUUUUCAUUUGACUCCACCGAUACUGUCGACACCGAGUACAGCAAUCUCCCCGUAUCUCUUCGACCGACCCAUUUACAAAGAUCCACCCCUCACCACCCUUGGUUGGACUUUUUCCCACUGCCCAAAAUGCGGGAUAAUCUCAUUCAAGCGGGUGAUGACUGGGAUGAUCACGCACUCUGUCAUGAUAUCAUGGGCUUUUGGGAUAGCGAGUCCUUGUCCACGCCGGGCUUGAUAGUCUGGGGCGAUCCGUGGGAUAUCCGAAAUUGGGAGCUCACGGAGGCCUUUCUGAAGAAGUGGCAGUGGAUUGUGCGGGGAUGUCCGGAGAUUAUGGAGGCGACAAACUCGUGGCGCAGCAAACGUGGGGAGAAGUUGAUUCUUCGAUAUAUUUGA